AUGACCAUUUUUCUUUUCCUUCUCACUUUCGCGGCGGCGGUUCAUCUGCUCGGGGACGGCGACGACGGAUGUACGGGGAAGAGGAAGGAUGGAGGCGGCGGCGCGAGGCGACGCUAUGAGGACGGGAUCUGGGCAGCGGCGAGGAAGGGAUCUGGACGGGUGCGACGAGAAAGGAUCUGCAUGGCGGCGUGGAAGGGAGCAAGGCGGCGACCGUUAGGCGACGAGGAAGGGAGCAGGGCGGCAGCCGUGACUCGUGAGGGUGAGGGUCUGAUGAGGGGGUUAUAG